UGCCUGUUCCCACGGGUCAUAGGACUGAGCGUAGCGAAAAAGGACAGAGUUGUGCUGCGCCUCAUCUUACUGUCUUACGAUUUAUCAGCUCAGCUCCUCUCGGAAACGGUCCAGCAUGGUAUCUGCUACGUUGUCAUCCCCGCGCUGUCACGACGAGAACAGAAGAACAGCGGAGACACCUGUGGAUGCCACUUUCACAAAUGGACUAGGAUGAUCAACGCGUCUGGCCAACUCGCCCCUCUUGCCGCAGCUGCACAUCACCCCUCCAGUCUCCGUCGGAUGCGUGUCGCUAUCAAAAACCCUGUCUACGAGAGUGGAUACCACAUAGGUACAGGAAGGUUCAUCGGGGAUCGGGAGAAGGUUUUUGGUGCUACCGCUCCCAGCACUCCUCUCGGUCCCGACGAUGAAAAUGCGUCAAAGAAAUCUUUGCAAGGCACUGCUAUUCUUGAAGACUAUAGGAAGUCAUGGGUCCUGGUCGACGUACCUGUCGAUCUCUCUCUAAACCUGUCCGAAGCCGAGCAGAAUUAUCCCUUGACAGCAGCACAUGGAAGAUCCAGGAUGAAUGAAGGGCAGUUCAUGUCCGGAUGCAGCGAUCGACAAGCGAGUGCUGCGUUGCGUGAGCUGUCUUGGGCCGUGUUGAGCCGCACGCGUAUGGUCCCGAGGAGGAAAUAUAUUGUCGGAAAGGGAGCCAUACGAGAAACAUGA